AUGGCAGACGAUGUCCCAGAAGCAUCAAAACCCAAAGCGGUACCGUCUUCAUCAAGAGACUCUGGUGCAAGUUCUCCAGUUCCAGGAAGUUAUUCUAGGGCACAGUCGAUACAGCGAUUAGGUUCUCCCGUUCCCUCUCAACCUACAGGCUCGCCAGCACUACGCCAGAUCCCCACCCCAGCUCAACUCGCAUCGGAAGAGCCGUCGACGCUCCAAACGCCGUUACCAGGACGCGAAGAUCCACAAUCAUCGUUGCCUGCUCCUACCGAGUCUGCCCUCUCCUCCGCACUUCGAAAUUCGUUCGGGAGGAGCCCUCCACGCUUCGGCACUCCCCCAGUACGUCCACUGUCCCCAGACAAUACCGAACCUGCUCCACGAGCUCCUAUAAGCGACUACGGCUCCUUUGAUGGACGUGGCCGCUCGCCAGCGCCGUACGAAGAUCCCGAGAUUAUUCGACGUCACUUGGCCGGCCCACAGAAGCCUUCGAUAUCGAACCUCAAUGGACAGUAUGGUUCGCCGAGUAGAUCGACUCGAGGUUUCGCUGGAGAUGCAGAAUCCCAAAGACACGAUUCGGAUGAUGAGGAGGAGUUCUCUAGUCUACAAUUACAAGGAGGUGAUAUCACAAGGCAGAUUUAUAGAUGGUCGGAGCAGCAGGAAGCCGAUGAACGCGCGAAGAUGAAGCGCAGCCAGAGUUUCCAUGCAUCUCGACCGCGGCCUAAUGAGCAAGUCCUGGACAUCGAUUCCAUUAAGCAGCCUGGCGGCUUCAGGAGGAACUACCUCCGACGAACCGCUGCCAGUCCAUCUCCCGCACCAGGGCCGUCCAACUACGGCACCGUCCCUCAAAGCCGACAGCAGCCCCAAGUGUUUACCAGCAAUUUCCUUGAGUUCCUGACUUUGUACGGCCACUUUGCAGGAGAGUCUCUGGAAGAAGACGAUGAAGUCUUGGAACCUGACGAGUACUUCGGUUCUGAUACUUUCGGAUCGGAUGGGCACACCGACGACGACGAGCGGGAGUAUGGGGAGACAAGCGGUCUGUUGACACCAGGCAAGAGGCGGAGAAAGCGAAAGGAGAAGCAAGCCGGCAAAGCAAGCCCGACCGGUGCAGCCAUGCUGCUGCUGAAGUCUUUCGUCGGUACUGGAGUGCUAUUCCUUCCCAGAGCCUUCUUGAAUGGUGGAAUGUUGUUUUCGAACAUCGUACUGUUUGGGGUUGCCGCGCUCUCGUACUACUGCUUCGUGCUACUCGUUGCUACCCGUCUCGUGGUCGAGCACUCCUUUGGUGACAUGGGUUUCCACCUAUACGGAACAUGGCUCCGAAAUCUGAUCAACUUCUCACUUGUCAUCUCGCAGAUUGGAUUCGCAUCGGCAUACAUAGUCUUCGUGUCGGAAAACAUGCAGGCUUUCGUCCUUGCUGUUUCGGACUGUAGGACUUUUAUCGACAUCAAAUGGAUGAUCUUGAUGCAGAUGAUUGUUUUCCUGCCGCUUUCGCUCUAUCGGAACAUCAACCACAUCCAAAAGCUCGCUCUCGCUGCAGACGUUUUCAUCCUCCUCGGUUUAGUGUACUUGUAUUAUUUCGACAUUUUCACCAUCGUCAACCAGCACGGAAUCUCGGACAUUGUCAAUUUCAACCCCAAUGACUGGACGCUCUUCAUCGGAACCGCCAUCUUCACAUUUGAGGGCAUUGGGCUGAUCAUUCCGAUCCAAACCGGGAUGAAGAACCCCAAGAAGUUCCCUGGUGUGCUCGCCUGGGUCAUGGUUAUCAUCACAGUCAUCUUCAUCAGUAUGGGUGCAUUGUCAUACGCCGCAUUCGGAUCCAAGACCAAGACCGUUGUCAUUUUGAACAUGCCUCAGGACAACAAAUUCGUCAAUGGAGUACAGUUCAUCUACUCGAUUGCCAUUCUAUUGUCUACACCGCUCCAGAUCUACCCUGCCAUUGAAAUCACCAGCCAGCAGUUGUUCAGCAGAACAGGGAAGUACAACCCGUACAUCAAGUGGAAGAAGAACUUCUUCCGAUUCUUCAUGGUCAUGAUAUGCGCCAUGCUGGCUUGGCUGGGUGCUGGUGACUUGGACAAGUUUGUCAGUCUAGUAGGCAGCUUCGCCUGCAUCCCAUUGGUCUACAUCUACCCUCCCAUGCUCCACUACCGAGCCGUCGCAGGAACGAGCCGUGCCCGGAUUCUCGAUGUCUGCCUUUGCAUCCUGGGCUUCGUCGGCAUGGCGUACACCACGACCCUCACCGUAUCGAGCUGGAUCCACGGCGGAGCACCAAAGUCACCCGGAUACUGUGACAAUAGGUAA